AUUCCCAUCUUUUCUCGGGAUCUCUCAACCCAGGGAAGCUGAUGCAGUUCUUGUUUUGAAAGCAGAGGGAGCUCGAAGAUCAAGGCCGGUUACACUUUCCUAGGUUGUGGUCUCCCAGCCCCCGCUGUUUGGAACAGGGAAUUUCGGACAUGCACAACACACUGUGGUAGGGAAUCCUAGAGCAGACAGAACAGGGAGGUGGGGCGGAGGUUCCUGCAGAGCCCUCUGGAGCCGCAGGGGCUUCACGGCAUGACCAGAAGCAGGAGAGGAGGCUGACCCACUUGUUCCCAUCAGCUCCUGAAGGUGACACUGAGCCCUGGGUGGCCCCUCACUGCCAAAGCAGUCACCUGUAUUUGUCAGAUAAAGACAGCCAGCCCGGCUGCCCUUUACCUCCAAGUCAGAGAUCCAGAGAGCCAUGGGCAAAUCGCCAGAGAUGUGGUGCUUUGUCUUCUUUUCUCUUUUGGCAUCGUUUUCUGCUGAGCCUACCAUGUAUGGGGAGAUCCUGUCCCCUAAUUAUCCCCAGGCGUACCCCAAUGAGGUCGUGAAAACUUGGGACAUAGAAGUCCCAGAGGGGUUUGGGAUUCACCUUUACUUCACCCAUCUGGACAUGGAGCUGUCAGAGAACUGUGCAUACGACUCAGUGCAGAUAAUCUCAGGAGGCAUCGAGGAAGAGAGACUCUGUGGCCAGAGGACCAGCAAGAGUCCCAACUCCCCCAUUGUAGAAGAGUUUCAAUUCCCAUACAAUAGGCUCCAGGUGGUCUUUACGUCAGACUUCUCCAACGAGGAACGGUUUACUGGCUUUGCAGCGUAUUACUCAGCCGUAGAUGUAAAUGAAUGCACAGACUUUACAGAUGUCCCUUGCAGCCACUUCUGCAAUAACUUCAUUGGUGGAUACUUCUGCUCCUGCCCCCCAGAAUACUUCCUCCACGAUGACAUGAGGACUUGUGGGGUCAACUGUAGUGGGGAUGUAUUCACUGCCCUGAUUGGGGAGAUCGCAAGUCCCAAUUAUCCCAACCCAUACCCGGAGAACUCAAGGUGUGAAUACCAGAUUCGGCUGCAGGAGGGCUUCCGACUGGUGUUGACUAUCCGGAGAGAAGAUUUUGAUGUGGAACCAGCUGACUCAGAGGGGAACUGCCACGACAGUUUGACUUUUGCUGCAAAAAACCAACAGUUUGGUCCUUACUGUGGCAAUGGAUUCCCUGGACCGCUAACUAUUAAAACCCAGAGCAAUACUCUUGAUAUUGUCUUUCAAACUGACCUAACGGGGCAAAAUAAAGGCUGGAAGCUUCGUUACCAUGGGGAUCCCAUCCCCUGUCCCAAAGAAAUCAGUGCUAAUUCUAUCUGGGAGCCCGAAAAGGCAAAAUACGUGUUCAAAGAUGUCGUGAAGAUAACCUGUGUGGAUGGAUUCGAAGUUGUGGAGGGAAAUGUUGGCUCAACAUCAUUCUAUUCCACUUGUCAAAGCAACGGACAGUGGAGCAAUUCCAGGCUAGAGUGUCAACCUGUGGACUGUGGUGUUCCAGAACCCAUUGAGAAUGGUAAAGUUGAAGACCCAGAAGACACUGUAUUCGGCUCCGUCAUCCACUACACGUGCGAAGAGCCAUAUUACUACAUGGAACAGGAAGAAGGCGGAGAGUAUCACUGCGCUGCUAAUGGGAGCUGGGUGAAUGACCAGCUGGGUGUCGAGCUUCCAAAAUGUAUUCCAGUCUGUGGAGUACCCACCGAGCCCUUUAAAGUACAGCAGAGGAUAUUUGGAGGAUACUCUACAAAGAUUCAAAGUUUUCCUUGGCAGGUCUACUUUGAGUCCCCCCGAGGUGGCGGGGCUCUUAUCGAUGAGUACUGGGUGCUGACGGCCGCUCACGUUGUGGAGGGAAACUCUGACCCAGUGAUGUAUGUCGGGUCCACACUUCUGAAAAUAGAGCGGUUGAGAAAUGCCCAGAGGCUCAUCACUGAACGUGUGAUUAUUCAUCCCAGCUGGAAACAAGAGGACGACCUGAAUACACGGACAAAUUUUGACAAUGACAUUGCCCUGGUGCAGCUCAAAGACCCUGUGAAAAUGGGACCCACUGUUGCCCCCAUCUGCCUGCCAGAAACCUCCUCAGACUACAACCCCUCAGAGGGUGACCUGGGGCUGAUCUCUGGGUGGGGCCGAACAGAGAAUAGAACCAAUGUUAUUCAACUCAGAGGGGCGAAGUUACCCAUAACAUCUUUAGAAAAGUGCCAGCAGGUGAAAGUGGAAAACCCGAAAGCGAGGUCAAACGACUAUGUUUUCACUGACAACAUGAUCUGUGCUGGGGAAAAGGGUGUGGACAGCUGUGAGGGUGACAGCGGAGGGGCUUUUGCUCUGCCGGUCCCCAAUGUCAAGGACCCCAAAUUCUAUGUGGCUGGCCUGGUGUCCUGGGGGAAAAAGUGUGGGACCUAUGGGAUCUACACAAAGGUAAAGAACUACGUGGACUGGAUCCUGAAAACUAUGCAGGAGAAUAGUGGGCCCAAGAAGGACUGAUCCGUAGGUGACAACACCCCUCCAGGGCAUAGCAAGGUCAUUUUUCUCAGAUCCUGGGACGGUCCCAUUAUUUCGAAAUGAUGGAGAGAGGGUGUGGGAGCAUGGUUAACGUUGAACAUGAUUGUCAAGAAGCCUGCUUAGAGGCAGAGUUGAUCACUGAGCCGUGUUGGUUAUUCAGUUGCUAUUGCUAACAACAUGGCGGAAGCCUUUCUGUCUUGCUUCAUCCCACAGGGAUAUCUUAAACGAUUUCCCCCUCAUUUAACCUGCUUGAAAUCCUUAUUGCUUACAGUAAAGCAUGUUUCCAAUUUGGUUCUGGCUGGCUCGAGAGCCACAGAAGGAGAGGGAAAUUUGAGGGUAUUUUGUCAUGGAAUUCAGGCAUCAACAGGUUGUCUGAAACACUAUGCAGUCAGGGAACACAGCCUUUUUUCUAAGUGAGAUUUACCCAAUAGCUGGAAGUCAGAAUUGACUACCUUAGCUUUCCUUUGUGAGUUGUUUCAAUAUGUUUCCUAGAAAUUAGUUUUCUUAUAAUCCUCCUUUGUAUCAUACAAUGUAAUGACUUAGUAAAAGAGAAAUUGAACAUUG